AUGAGUAAAGUUACUCCAGACUAUGACGCCAUUGUCAUCGGCGCAGGCUUCAGUGGUGUUAGAUCUCUCUGGGAGCUGGAUCGACUAGGCUUGACCGCGAAAUGCUUCGACGCUGGGUCAGAUGUGGGCGGCACCUGGUGGUGGAAUCGCUACCCUGGAUGUCGGACUGACGGGGAGGCUUGGGUAUACGCGUUGAAGUUCCUGCCAGAGCUUCUUGAAGAAUGGGACUUCACUGAGCGUUAUCCCACCCAGGAGGAGAUUCAAUGGUAUCUGGGUCGUGUUGUUGACCGUUACGACCUACGCAAGAGCAUUGAGUUCAACACAGAAGUCAAGUCGGCCCACUACAGCGACACCGAUAACAUCUGGACGAUCACUACUGCGAAUGGGGUGGUCGCUACCGCUCAAUACUUCUUGCCUGCCACGGGCAUCACAUCUAUUCCCAAAGAGCCGUCAUUCCCUGGACUUAAGUCAUUCAAAGGAGAGAUAUAUCAAGCAUCCACAUGGCCAGAACAUGAGGUCGACUUCCAAAACAAGCGAAUCGGUGUCAUCGGCACAGGUUCGACCGGCAUUCAAGUUAUCACCAAGCUUGGGCCCGUCGCUGAACAGAUGACUGUUUUCCAACGAACUCCAAAUUAUGUUAUCCCGGCUCAAAACUAUGCUCUCGACGAACACAAAAGGGAGGAUAUAAAGAGAAAUUUCAAUGAUUACUGGGAUAUCGCGAAGGUCAACCUGGCCGGUCAUGCGGUCAAGCAUUCGGGGAGAACGGUGACAGGUCUAGAGGACCCGGAAGAGAUUAGAAGUAUCUUCGAAACUGGCUGGGCGCGUGGCUGUUAUGAUUUCCAGCUCGGCGCCUUUGAUGAUUCUUUCAUGCAUCCAGAUGCCAAUGCGGCCACAGCGGAGUUUAUUCGUGACAAGAUCAAGUCUAUCGUUCAGGACCCUCAUACCGCUGAGGCUCUGUGUCCACAGUAUCCUUUCGGCGCAAGACGCCCUCCGUGCGCAGACGGUUACUAUGAGACUUUCAAUCGGCCAAACGUGAAACUCAUUGAUACUAGCAAGGACGAGAUCGAGAUUUACGACAAUGGUAUCAAGACUGCCUCUGGUGGAGAGUUUGAGCUUGACAUGAUCAUUCUGGCACUGGGAUUCGAUUCAGGCACAGGCGCAAUGAACAAGAUAGACAUCAGAGGAAGCCAGAACAAGUCCCUCCGAGAGUCUUGGGAACAGAGACUAGAGACAUUCGCCGGUGUUUUAGUCCAUGGAUACCCGAACAUGUUCAUUGUCUGCGGUCCUCAUUUGCCCGCCGGAAACCAGCCUGUCAGUCUUGAAGCAUUCGCAAGUUGGAUUGGCAAGACCAUAGAGCAUAUGGAAAACAAUGGUCUCGCAAAGAUCGACGUGUCUGGCGAAGCCAUGAAUGCGUGGACGACGCACGUCGAGGAUGUGUGGGCUGGUUCGUUCCUAGCCAAACACGCGCAUGAGCAAGGGUCUUGGUUCGUCGGCACCAAUAUUCCCGGGAAGCCAUCAAGAAUCAUGUUCUACUUUGGUGGAAUGGUACACUUGGAGCCUUGGCUCAUCAAGGAGCUGGACACUCAGUGGUCAAGCAUGAGCUUUACGCCUGCUGACGGCGCUAAGAAGGCUAACAACGGUGUCUCAAAAUUGCCAACCACCGUGGGUGGCGUCCAUGUCACACCUGAGAUACUGGAGUCUGUUCAAAUUCCUCUCGAAGCCGACAAGGCUGGCAUGACCGUGGCGGAAAAGUCUGUCCUUGUCAAUGCCGCUACCGCCGUCUAUAUCGACGCUGCUGUCAAGGAAAUGCGAAGGCGCGGAUUGACUCCGAAGCAAGAUUAUCGCGUCCAUUGGUGGAAAGUGAUGCAAGAUUUUGUUGAUUCUGAGGAAGCGCAAAAGGCCAUCCAAGAAUCGUCUUUGACAAUGGAAGGUGUCGCGAGCUUGAUCUCCAGACUAGGCAUUGAAGGCGAGGUGAUUGCAAGAAUGGGCCCAGAGAUUGUGAAUAUUCUGAUCGGCAAAACCCACGCCCUUGCGCAUAUCAUGAGAGAUAAUCUCCUCUUCCGCGUGUAUCUCUCGGAUGAGGGCCGGCGUGCCAAUCGCUACGCGGCUGAAUACGCCAAAAUUCUCACUUCGCAAAGGAACGGGAUCAGAAUUCUGGAGAUCGGCGCUGGAACAGGUGGUACCACUACGGAAGUGCUCAAUCUAUGCAGUCCCAAUGGUGAGCCAUUCUGUGCCGAGUACAUGUUCACAGAUCUCUCACCAGGCUUCUUCAAUACUGCCAAAACGACGCUGAAGAAAUGGGAGCCUCUGUUGGCAUACAAAGUCCUGAAUGUUGAACAAGAUCCCUCAAGCCAAGGCUUUGAAGAGCACACAUACGACUUGAUCCUUGCUGCCAACGUCAUACAUGCUACCAGCCGUCUGUCGGAGACAUUGAAGAACGUGCACAAGCUACUAAAGCCCGGUGGUGUCUUCGGUCUUGUGGAGCUCACAAGGUUAACUCCCUUUUAUAACCUCACAUUCGGGCCUCUUUCUGGGUGGUGGGCUGGUGUUGGCGAGGGAAGAACGGAAAGCCCUUUACAAUCUCCUGAGCAGUGGGAUGAGUUGCUUAAGCAGACUGGCUUCUCUGGGGUCGAUCUCGCUGCGUACGAUCUUCCUGGGCCACAGAGACACAGCUGUCUCUUGCUGGCGACAUCCUUAGCCACUUCCACUACAAUUGGUCAUUGA